UCUCAUUGAGAAAAUUAUUGAAAGGAUAAUAUCUCAUUGCUACAAAAUGUCUCUAAUAAUGAAAUUUUCAGUUCUGCAAAUUUUAGGGCUUUUGAUCUUGGAUGGUCUCCUGCAUUGCCAAGGUUUGGCUCGCCAUACUUUUGUGGUAAAAGAUGUUCCAUACACAAGACUUUGCAGCACAAAAAACAUCUUGACAGUAAACGGACAAUUUCCUGGACCAACUCUGCACGUUAACAAAGGAGAUACUAUCGUGGUUGAUGUUCUUAACAAAGGCAAUUACAACAUCACUAUCCAUUGGCAUGGAGUGAAGCAACCAAGAUAUCCUUGGUCAGAUGGUCCUGAAUAUAUUACACAAUGUCCCAUCCAACCAGGACAAAAGUUUAGCCAAAAGAUCAUAUUUUCCUCUGAAGAAGGAACUCUUUGGUGGCAUGCUCAUAGUGAUUGGACAAGGGCCACUGUUUAUGGGGCUAUCAUUAUCCAUCCCAAGAAGGGAACUAGUUAUCCAUUUCCCAAGCCUCAUGCUGAAGUGCCCAUCAUAUUGGGAGAGUGGUGGAAGAAAGAUAUAAUGGAGCUUUACAAUGAAUUCCGUGAAAGUGGAGGAGACCCCAAUGUUUCUGAUGCAUAUACUAUCAAUGGUCAACCUGGAGAUCUAUAUCCAUGCUCAAAAUCUGAAACUUUCAAAUUAAUGGUGGACUACGGAAAGACCUAUCUACUCCGCAUAAUCAAUGCUGCUCUUCAAGAUAUUCUUUUCUUUGCCAUUGCAAAACACAACAUCACAGUCGUGGGAACAGACGCUAGCUACACCAAGCCAUUGAAAACGGAUUACAUUGCAAUAUCCCCUGGACAAACGAUCGAUGUCUUGCUAGAAACAAACCAAGCACUAGGUGACUAUUACAUGGCUGCAAAAGUAUAUUCCAGUGCCAAUGGAGUACUCUACGAUAAUACCACCACCACUGCUAUUGUACACUACAACCAAAACUACAAUGCAUCUUCAAGACCUCAAUUACCUAAUCUUCCUUCCUACAAUGACACAAAUGCAUCAGCUAACUUCACUGGUAGCCUCAGAAGUUUAGCUGAUGAUAAUCAUCCUGUUCAUGUGCCCUUAAACAUAAGCACUCAACUAAUGUUUACAGUUUCUGUAAACACUUUUCCGUGCAGCACUAAUUCAUGUCAAGGCCCUAAUGGAAGUCGCCUUGCAGCAAGUGUGAACAACAUAAGCUUUGAGUUGCCAUCCAUUGACAUUUUACAAGCAUACUAUAAUCAUAUUAGCGGCGUCUAUGGAGACCAAUUUCCAAGUUUUCCACCUUUUAUAUUUAAUUUUACAGCAGAGGAUCUCCCAUUGGCUCUAGAGACACCAAAAAGGGGCACAGAAGUGAAAGUUCUUGAAUAUAACUCAACUGUGGAGCUUGUUUUGCAAGGAACGAACUUGGCUGCAGGGACAGAUCAUCCCAUACACAUACAUGGAUAUAGUUUUUACGUAGUUGGUUGGGGAUUUGGGAAUUUUGACAAAGACAAGGACCCAUUGGGAUAUAAUCUUGUUGAUCCUCCUCUUCAGAAUACUAUUGCUGUCCCUAAGAAUGGCUGGGCUACCAUAAGAUUCAAAGCAGACAACCCAGGAGUGUGGUUCAUGCACUGCCAUUUAGAACGUCACCUAAGUUGGGGCAUGGACAUGACAUUCAUUGUCAAAAAUGGAUCUAACCCAGAAGCGCAAUUGCUACCUCCACCAUCAGACUUGCCGCCAUGUUGAAUGAGCAGUGAAUUUAUUUAUCCGUGAUUUCGUUUACUAUAUUCUUGUGAUUGUUAGCUUUCAUUAUCUCUCUUCUUUCUCUUCAAUUGUGGGUAUCGAUAAGUUUCUUAGUUGUAAUAUUGGUCUUGGCAACUUACAAUAUAUCAAGCGUUCCAAAAAUUUGUAUCAAUAAGAAAUGACAGCUUUUUCUUUUUUAA